AUCAAAAUCAGAGAGAACUGUCAAAACUUCGACGUGCUGUUCAAAAUCGGCAGAUUUUGCUGAAACGUGAGACUCGUAAUGUUUGUUUAAAAUAGUGUUUUAUUAGUGCAAAACGAUUGUUAUUAUUCCAACUAUUUAGCGGAUUCGUUUGCUGAAUUCAUCCAUCGGGUUUACGCAACAAUGUUCCUUCGUCGCACGGCUUCUUCGGGACUGCUAACAAGGGCUUCGGCAUGCUUGAAAGCUCCCCUCUCGACGGCCGUCUCGCCACAGCAAACCAAACUGGAUGAUUUCCGCACCGGUGAAUCCAAUCCGGCGGCGCACAACAGCAGCCACCUGUCCCGGUUCUACACGGUCCCAGUCGACGUCCGGAAGCAGGUCUUUUCCUACGGUGGAUUUCCGAAGACGUUCGAGAAGCAGAUCAAAACUUUCAAUGAGACUUGUCUGAUGGUGCGGGAACCGGCUGUCGAGAUUAUCAACUAUAUGAACGGGGCUGAUUACAGUAAACCGGCCAAUCGGUUCGUGCUGUACGGGAAGGAUGGCGUCGGAAAGUCGCUCGUCCUGGCUCACAUGCUGCACUACGGAUACAGCCGUGAGUUUUUGCUGGUGCACGUUCCCUGGGUGGCCAACUGGAUGAAACGGGUUAAGGAAACGGCCAACUCGACCACCCACGAGGGCUGUCUGGAUUUGCCGCUGGACGGCGCUGCGUGGUUGAUGCACUUCAAGAACCAGAACGCCAAACUGUUGAGUAAGCUGGAUCUCAAGGUCAGCCGGGACUACGUGUGGACUAAGCGGGAAACGACUCCGGCGGGGGCCCCGAUGCUGGAGCUGAUCGACCACGGCAUAAACCGGGCCAAGUUUUCCUGUGACGCGAUUGCGGCCCUUCUGGGGGAACUAAAGCAGCAAUCCAGCGAAGGCAAGGCUAAAACCAUGGUAGUUGUCGAUGGGUUCAACGCAUUCUUCCACCCGCACACCCGGAUUACGACGGAGAACAAGGUCCGGGUGACGCCGGACAAAGUGACCUUGACCAAGCCAUUCUUGGACAUUACGCGGCCCGAUUGGUCCAACGGCGUCUGCAUCCUGGCCGUGGAUCGAAUGGCCCUUACAGAGGACCGCAUGGAGUCGGAACUUCCCAUGUAUCAGCUGAGGAGGGAGGGCUUCGAGCAUCUGGAUCCGUUUGUGCCGAUCCGGGUGGACAAUUACACCGAGGAGGAAUACUACAGCUGCGUGCAGUACUAUCUGAACCGAAAGUGGAUUCAACAGACGGAGUCGGGAUUCGAUAAGGAGUUGGAGUUUCUGAGCGGGCGCAAUCCGUUCAAACUGAUGGAGCUGUGUGCGAGCUUGUAGAAUGGUGCGCUGAUUUGUGUGGAUCGGUGAAUAAAGUUUAGGAAUGAG